AUGAAUUCCAGACAUAGACAGCGUCGCCCACAACUAGGAUAUACGUUACCCCAUGAAUCGCAGUGGAUUCCUUUCAGGAUUUUAGCCUCAAAAUCACCAAUUACGGUUUGCUUGACUUUCAUCGGGGGCGCCAAAUUCUUCCUCAACUUACGUCUGUCUAUACGUGAUUUCAGUAUUCACAAUUAUUAUAAAAUUCUUAAUCAACUUCGAUAUAUUUAUAACAAUCCAAAUAAGACUUCAGAAGCAAAAAACUGUCUCCUUUUAAUAAAGCAGGAUAUCGACUCACUCGCCGCUUAUACCGCUUAG